CGGGGUAUAAGAGAAUUUGGCUCCGCCCACAGGGGGAUAAGGGAUUUGUCCAACGGCAAACAACCAAUGAGAUCAAAGAAUUUUACAUGAAGGCGAGAUAAUGUGGAUUAUAUAAAGCAUGGAUUUAACCCCAUAUAUUACAACCUGUGUGUAGAAGAUGCAGAGUGUAACCUAUGGCAUGGAUUUAACCCCAUACAACCUGCGUGUAGAAGAUGCAGAGUGUAACCUAUGGCAUGGAUUUAACCCCAUACAACCUGCGUGUAGAAGAUGCAGAGUGUAACCUAUGGCAUGGAUUUAACCCCGUAGAAUCCCUGUUGCAUGGAAUGACCGUCUAUUCGGAAGAUAACACAUUUGAAGAAAGAGCAUGGACUGCAUAGUGCCCUGCAUGAUGAUUGUGUGACAGUUCUGGUGGAAACCUGGCAGCAGCCAUCGCCAAGCGGUUUUCCGAAGAAAGCGAAGACUUCAUCCCUCGACUGAAGUUCCACCUUCUGAUCAACCCAUGCCUUCAGGCGUUCGACUUCAACCUGCCGUCGUACGUCCAGUACGACCAUCCUGGGACCCUGGACAAAGCCGAGAUGAUACAGCACUGGCUGCGGUACAUGGGCCUCAAAAACCCGACACAGUAUCUCGCAGAGUUUACCACCAACAAUCACACCUCGUCUCUGCUUAAAUACUCACAGUAUGCAGCCUACGUUUCCCCGACUUUAUUACCAGAGGUGUACCGAUCUGGUGUUGCAGAACCUCGAAAUUUAGACCACGGAAAUGAAGAAUUGUGGAGGAGGAUCGAGAUGACUGUUCUUAAUCCACAUUUCGCACCGCUGAUGGCGACCGAUUUGGCGAAGGUGUCCCCAGCGUUUGUGAUAACGUCCGAGUUUGACGUGUUACGAGACGACGGGAUUAUUUACGUAGAGAGGCUGAGGAGAGCGGGAGUUAGAGUUAAUCUGUAUCACGUGAAAACGUCGUUUCACGGUUUCUGUAGUGCCUACUUGUUCGAAUCCACACAGUUUGAUAUUUGUAAUAAAAUUUUACCUGAUGUUAUUCAGUAUAUCGAAGAGAAUAUUCAUUGAAUAUAUGUAUAGGCAUAGACAUGUACAUGAAUUUAUUCAAAGUUUGUAUUAGGAAUUUAUCCAAUAUUAUUUUUC